AUGCACCACCAGUCAGCCGAUAUACCAUGGCAUCUAAUUGCCUCGAAUCUUCACUGGGCCCCGGGUGAGCCUGCAUUGGAAAUUCGCGCUUUAGAUCUUCCUCAGCUUCCCGGCAAACUGAAUGACGAAUCGGGCUGCGUGUGCGGUGUCACUAACUUGCACCCAACUUCUCCUGCGCCUAGAUCUUCUGAUCAAGAUGAAUUCGCUCAGGCUUUUGCACAGGCCGUGCGUGAGGAUUCGAAACGCAAGCGAGCCCAAUACCCGGAGAAGUAUAACCCUCCCAGUCCCAGUGAUGUUCUCUUGGGGGGAAAACUCGUUCAAACGAUCGAAUCGCAUUUGUCCGAAGAGAUGAAAGGAGGGCCUAGACUUUCAUCUGAGCAAAGAACUGCCUUUGCCUUCCUUCAUCCUUGGGAUACUGGAGGUAGUUGCUAUGCUUGGGAGAGCAAUGAAUUCGGGUUCAUCAAUCUGGAGGUAGUGAAGAUGCUACUCAUGCUAGGCGAACUAGAUCCAAUUCUUCAGGCGUGCGCUCACCCAGACGUAGGACUUUCAGGGUGGUAUUAUGCUGCCAUCUGUGAUUGCUCGGAGACCCCCGAUGUUCUCGGGUGGGAUAUGGUCCAUGAUAGUGCUCUGUUAGCCUACAUUGUUCUCAACAUCGCUCUUUGUUUCCCGCAAAUCUGUGACCCGACAGCGGGUAGAACUGAUGAAACCGACUAUCGCCAUACAGGAUUCUAUCAGUACAUGCUGAGAGAAAUCACUCGGUCACUUGCUCCUUCCGAAGCAACAUCCUAUCCACAUCAGCAGUUUUUUGGAAUUCCUCACGAUCACUUUUGCGAAGAAGAUGAUAUGCAUAAAAAUAUUGAUAAGAAACACUGGCUGCAUCGCACAAACAUCAUCGAACGCGGUCACUAUGGUGUACUUUCAUUUGAUGAGUUCCUCAACUUAGAACGUCCAUUGCCUGAUCAAUAUCAGCCAUCGGAAUCUGAUGUUGAAUCAGCGAAACAAGAACUCCUUUCUAAAUGCUUACCCCUCGAGAUUGUGUUUAUGAUCAUGAAUUUCGCCGAUUAUAAAGCCAAAAGGAUUCUCAAGGUCCCGCAUGAUCCCCUUCACCCUGACAACAGAGCCGAAUUGAACCAAUAUCUUGAUCAAUGCUGGCAAAUCAUUAUUGGCUGUGAGAUCAUGAGCAAUGCAUUGGGUCGGGGUACGAUUGACUGGCAGAACAUAUUCGAUAACGGGAAUGAAAUGUAA